AUGGCUCUUCAUUCUUCGGUUUCGAUGUCUCCGUUUCCCCGCCAUUCCUCAGAGAGCCUUAGCCCUACCUCCCACCGGAUCCGUCGCUCCGAUCAAUCUCUCCCACAUCCAGUUCUGUAUUGCCGGAGCAGCCGAUACCUGGCUCGAUCGGAGCCGGUACAUCUCCUUGUGGUGGCGAAACUCCACCCGUGGAUUCGUCUGGCUCGAUAA